AUGGAGGUCGAAUUUGAAGGGAGACCCAUCCGACCAGGAUCCUUAAUCUGGUCUGAUGACAACAUCUUUGCAUUGGUCACUCCUACGAUCAUGCACAUCUUUGCACCUUCACUCAAUGGUACACCAGACAGCUCACUAGUGAAAUUCACGAGUACAUCGGCUCCUGCCUUGACUUCACAGGAUGAUUCACCGCCGUGGAAGCUGAUGGGAAAUGUUGCAAGCCUGAGGAAUGCCAUGGUACCUUCAAUUGAGUUUAUCAUGGCAGCGUGGUCACCAACUGGUUGCACUCGUUUCAAAGGGUGUAUGCUGGCGUGUAUUACUUCGAAACAUUCUGUAUUUGUAUAUAUACCGUCGUCUUCGCAAGUGGACAAGCAGUGGAGGAAGUAUACUGUACUAGACAAGUAUAUGCUAAAGCAUUGGCGAGCUGAAAAUGAGGUUGAUCUGGGCAUGAUGGACAAUCUAGAGUCAGUUACUUUAGCAUGGUCACCUAAAAUCUCCAUGGAUAAUAUUGGAUCAGUGCUGGCUGUCGGCAAUAAAUCAGGCCAUAUCAUGAUCUGGCAUGUCACUGAUCAGGACAAUGUGCGCUGCGUGAAAGCAUGGAAGACAUCGAGUAACUCCUACAUUAUUAAAAUUGCAUGGUCACCAUGGAUGAUUGAGGACAGCAAGUACGUCUCAACGUUAGCCUACGCUAGUGCCGAUGGCAGUGUAUUUGCACAAAGACUCAAGUUCAGUCGGAUAUCUCCGCUAGAGAAUAUUGAAGUCUCUGAGGAUGUGUUGUGCUCGCCUCUCAGCAGUUUAUAUUCAUGUACUUGUUUAUUGUGGAGCCCUACCAGUCCGGAUUCUGCAAGGAAAUCCAGCACCCUCGCUUUCAGUAAAGGCAACAGGGUACAUCUAUGGAAACCGGAUUCAGGUACGAUUCUUUCCUGGCGCAAACCAAUCGCUAAAGCUGUAGCAGACAUGAGGUGGGAUAUGGGUGUUGAGAAGCUUUUUGUGUUUUUCAUGGACGGAAAGCAUUCUGUAUUGCGCCUGGAGCAGGAUGAGCUCAAGGUGGACGAGGAGUAUACCGAGUUUAUUCACCAGGAAAUCAUCUCGCAAUGCCACCUACAAGAAAGGACCAAUGUUAUUCAGGAUGAGGAGACAGAUAAUACAAAGGACGAUGAAGAAGGGGAUGAUGAAGGGGGAGGAGGGGGCCUAGCUGAUAGCAAACUGCAACUACAUAUCGUGUCUGCAAGUCGUUCUGCUGGAGGCUCCUUCCUUGCAACUCUUUACUACGUCACAUCCCCAUUUCGAAUGGAAUUCCAACGCGAGCGAUUCUUAUCCUGUACAGUCAUGCUCUCGAAGACAUAUAGGACCAUAGGAACUCUGGAUAUUGGGACCUUAUUGGAGAGGUUGCAAGCAUUUAUUCGACUCCCUAAUUCUGUUAUUAUAAGGAAUCCUACUUAUGAGCUUUGGGAUAUUUUACUCCUGCUCAACAGAAGCUCAGAGACAAAUGAAGUUGAAGGUGACUUAGAGCAAGGUCUAUGGAACAUUCUGAAGUCUGAAGAGUUCCAUUUGCGUGAUAAUGAUCAAGCUGUUGCAGCGAGGGAAGCUCUUCCUAAAAGUGAUGUGUUAAUAGAAUCCAGACUGGAGUCAGCAAUCUUCAGUGGGGCAGCAAUAACCGCGGCUCGGAUUUGUAUUUAUCUAUGGACCCAACUUCAGAAUUCCACAAUAGCAGAUUCACUAAAAGAGCAACUAAAGGAACGCACCGUUGGGGCCAUAGAGCGAAUAAGAAGGCAUAAUACUUAUAGUAUCCUUAAAUAUUUUCAUGAAAUAUUAUCAACAGGGUCUAAUCUUGAAACUCAGAUACAAGAAUCCGACUACACUUUGUUGCUGCUACUUUGCGACAGCAUUUUAGUUUUCUACCGCGAGGAUAAGGGUUUAUUAGAGCUAGCUGAAAAGACGUAUAGCGCUCUUCAUGAUCAGUCUAAUGGCGAAUGCGAUGUUAGAGAAGAAAUGAAGAUAUUGCAGGAGAUCAAAAAAGAGAAAUGUUCUACAAACCAGUUUCUCAAAUUUGGGAGGGAAAGCUGUCCAGCAUGCAGCAGUGAAGUGAGGCUAGAAAGCCAACUUCAUGGGAUAUGCAUCAAUGGCCACAGGUGGCAGCGUUGCUCUGUCACAUUGUUGCUAUUGGCUGACUUUCACCCCCGAACAUGUCUUAGAUGCCGCCGUAAGGUAUUAAUGGUGCCGGAAAAUAAGUCGGACAUGACACCAUGUUUUGCAGGGUCAAUGGCUAAAUCGUGGUUAGAGCUUGUAUUACGCGCCAACAGCGUGUGCUGCUUCUGUGGAGAACGCUAUUUCACAGCACUCCGUCGAAAGUGAUCAAGGAGGCCAGUCACAUGUCUGUUUACUGACAAAAAAAAAAAAAUAAAGUUUUCUCC